CUCUCGCAAAACCCUCGUCCUCGCUGCUGUGUUCAUUAGGAUUCGCUUUUGCAAUAGGUGUGAUUGAUGAAGUGCGACUGACGACUUACUGCGUCGGCUGUAGGAGGAGGGCGUUGUGGCCUCUAGGCGAAUGACUAACUCCGUGGGUAGCUUUACCGGCUUGCAAUGGAAGCAGAUAUCAGAAGUGAAAUUAUUGUAUUUUUCAGGCUUGCAAUGUAAGCAGAUAUCAGAAGUGAAAUAAAAAGGAAUUCAUUUUGAACAUUCAUUCCCAAGUGUAUUUGGGAAUGUGAUUCCAAGUGUUUUUGAAUCACGCUCACAACAGGUUGACGCCCUUCGCCAACUGUUUGUCGAUGCGUAUGAACGUUGUUACACUAUUACUGUUGCUGGUAGUAUCAUUUGGCGAUGAUCUCUAUCCAGUAAGCAGACAAAACAGGUAAAACGCAGAAGGAACGAGAAGGAAAAAGCAGCAAACCAAAAACAGUAUUUAGAAAAAAAAAUCUGAUACAGAAUUCUAUACUCGUGAAUGUUAUUAUUUGGGCUCCCCCAAAUACUCCUAACUCACCUCAGGAGGAAAAAAUAGCCACGAUAUUGAAAUAAGUUUUGGUUCAAGUGCCCCUCAGUAACCCAUCUCUAGGCCAUUUGAUAAUUGUGGUAAAGUGCAGUUCUAUCAGUUUCAUUUCCUCAAAUUUGAUUUCAUGUUUGUCGAAACUGGAUUUGAGAACCGUUGUUGAAAAUGCGCAUGCGCAGCCGGAGUCUUGCUGGGCCUCCGUCAUCCAGCUGCAACAACAACAACAACAACAACAACAAAGAUGGCAACGGAGGGAGUUGUAGUAGCUCAAAGAGUGUGUUGAACAUCCCGGGAGAGCUUAAGCUUCAUUACUCGGAGGUGGUGAGCGUCGCCGAAAAGCUCACCAGGCUGUUCUCUCGCACUCACACCUACCACGUCCACAGGAGACACAAAACACUCACGCAGGAGCCAUCAAAUUCGUGGGUGACGGUGCACAACCUGAAGCAGCUAGACGGAGGCAUCCUUGACCCUGACGACCGUUUAAAUGACGUAGCUGACGACAGGGAGCAAAUUAUUGCCAUCUACGAUGAACAGGCUCACCACCACCAGGGAGGAGAUGGUACUUCAGCAUCCUCAGAUUCUGAGAAUCCCUCUCCCGAUAUCUUCCAGGGAAUCGAGCACAAGUUCUCCCCCUUCACACGGAAUGACAUUGAGAUAACAGGAGAAGAACUAAGUGCCACCCCUCCCCCACUUCACGUCCGGCGGGGUAGUGAGCCAGCUCUCAACAGGUUAUCUCCAAUUCCACCGGCAAAUAUUCCUCCAGACCCAACCAAGAGAUGGUCGGCUGCCCCAAUCAUUGAGGAUCAGAAUGCACCUCCAAGUUCUACACCAAUGAAGCCUGUUGAUGGCCAUAGUUCUUAUGAGGAUGACAGUGUGUUUGUUGCUGAUCCUGGAGAGAGGGGAGAGGGGUCAGGGGAGGAAAAAACUCCUUCAUCGUCUUCAUCAUCAUCACAUCAUUCUUCUACAGCAUUUUCCAGAUUCUCAAGAGAUAAUAACCGAUGCUCAGUCCAGGUAUUGUCAGACAAUCCUGCAAUGGUACGAUGGGCAGAUGCUGCUGAUAAGGCAAUGGUAGCUAGUGAGGGGAGGCGUAGAGAACCCCUCGGAGGAUCAGCUUCAUCUCCUCUUCAUUCUAGAGACCCAUCUCAUGACGAUACAAACAACUGUAUUAUGGUGGUGCUAAGUAAUGACCGAGGACCUUUGGGUAUCCACGUAAUACCAAGUACAGAUGGCAGAGGCAAUGACCAAGGCUUGUUGGUGGAAGGAGUGGAACCGGAUGGUCGGAUAGCCAGGGAUGGUAGAAUAGAGGUCCAUGAUAGAAUUAUAGAAAUCAAUGGAAAGACAUUGAAUAAUAUUACAUUUCAAAGAGCCCAAGAAAUCUUCAAAGAGGCCAUGCAGUCUCCAGAACUGCGUCUCCGAGUUUUAAAAAGACCCGAUUAUCGUGAUAUUAACCAUAAGCAUCAAAGUUCUUAUGGACAUUCCAAUGAGUUAGUUGAAGGAGAAGAGAGAUUUGUUGGGGGUGCCAAAGUUGCAAGUGUUACUUCAACUAGAAAAGUUCCCCCAUCAUCUCUGUCAUCCCGGACCCAGGCUGUUAUAUUGCAAUGUAACACUAGAAAACUUGGUCGUAAGGUUACUGUACAUCUUACAAAAGGACCUCAUGGUCUUGGCUUCUCCAUAACAACAAGAGAUAACCCAGCGGGAGGGGAGGCACCAAUUUAUAUAAAAAAUAUAUUACCCAAGGGAGCUGCUAUUGAAGAUGGAACACUACGAAUUGGUGACCGACUUUUGGAGGUGAAUGGUGUUGAAGUUACAGGUCGGAGCCAAUCAGAGGUAGCUGGCCUCCUGAGGCAGAUUCCUAUUGGUGGCACAGCAACUCUUACUGUAUCUAGACAAGAUCAGCGUAAUGGUGAAGUGCCGAACAGUUCAGCAGAUUCAUUUUCUGAAACUGAAAAACCCUCUAGUCCAAAAUUACCAAGGCAAAUGGUAAGAAACCUAAAGGUAUGCUUCCAUCCACAAGGCAGCCUGUCCUUCUUCCGCCAGCCUGCUGAUAAAGCAGCAGAAGAUAGCCUCAUGUUCCCAUGGAAGCAACGGGAAAUACUGAUGUUUGAAAUCCCUGUUCACGACUCGGAAAGAGCGGGACUUGGUGUAAGUGUUAAAGGGAAGACCAGCUCUGGUCCAAAUGGGUCGGUUGACCUUGGGAUCUUUGUGAAGAAUGUUAUUCAUGGAGGUGCAGCCAGUCGAGAUGGGAGAUUAUAUCAGAAUGACCAGCUUGUUAACAUUAAUGGUCAUUCCUUGUUGGGAAAACCUAACAGCGAAGCAAUGAAGACCUUGAGAACUGCAAUGCAUCAGGAGGGCCCAACACCUGGUAUGAUCUCACUUACUGUGGCUAGGAGGACAGACAGCAGUAGAGAACGGUCGAGCCCAUCAUCAGCGAACCGUUCUGGCAGAGAUUCUGCCAACAGCCUUCUCACAAAUUCUUCAGGAACAGAAACCCUGGGUGGGGCCAAGUCUUCACCAGCAACUCCCACACCUGACCAUUCUGGCAUUACAGAUGCUUCAGAUUCUAUGUUAUCAACAGGAAUCCACAAGUAUGAUAGUGGACGCCAUGUUACUGAUGGUAUUGAAUUUGCUCAUCCUGAUAAUUUGGAUGUGAGAAACCCAGUCAUUCAGAGACUAACUGGUAACAAUGGUGCAUUACGUAAUGAAAGUUAUUACAAGGCAACACAUGAUACUUGGAAUACCUCCCAGCUUCAACAUUUUGUUAUGAGAAGUGAACAUGAAACUUUGGCUACAGGGGAUCAUAAUAUGAAUCCUUUGGGCUCCCCGACUGUCAACUUGCCAUCUGGAAAUAUACUGAUUAUUCAUGAUGAUCCCACUACCACUCAUCUUGCAGGGCAAAUGAGUCGGUCGGAAGGUCCUGGAGCCUCCUCAGGAAGUUACAGUGACCACCCCAGUCAGUCAGAUGAUGCCUAUACGAGUCAAACUUCCCUUGAAGAGAAUGCUGCGGGAUUUUCCAGGGAUCAGUUUGGCAGGCAGAGUAUGUCUGAAAAACGCCAUGCCACUCUAGAUGCCAAGAAUACUGAUACCUAUCAGCGUAACAAAAAAGCUAGGGAGGAAAGAGAAAAGCAGAAACAGAUAAUGCUUGCUCAAGAAAAAAUAGCUGCAUCCCAAGGGUUAGGAGGCUUGUCAUCAGAAGGUAAUGUUCGGGAGGAGUUAACAGCUGGGUCAAGGGAAGUUGGUAUUGAUGUGCCCUUGAAUGACCCUCCUGUAGUACGACAGCAGUCAGAACCACCCCCAAAAAGUAGUGCUCAAAUGUCCAGUGCCCCGGGAACUCCAUCCACACAGUUGAAAAACAUGUCAAAAGUCUCAACCUUGCCCACCAAUCUUUAUAAAAAAGGAAAACAUGCUGCUACUAACAGUCAUUCAUAUAGUAAAUCACUUAUGAGACAAAAAAAAAGCAUUGAUAGAAACUCAUGUCAAGGGGGUUCUGAGACUGUCAGCGAGCAUACUGGGAAGGGUGCACCCAGAACGCAGUGGUCUGGGUAUCCCCGUGGUCCUUUCAGCCCAGUUAGUCGCAGCCUAGAAAGGCAUUACUGUAGAAGCAAUCAGCAGCGAACUACCUUUGGACAGGAUCUCUCUGCCAUGAUUUCAAACUGGGCUGCCCGUAACCGAGACUUGUUGAGUCGGGAUCCCACAAUGGGGGUGAUGGUACGAGCCUCCUCUGAUGAAUCUCUCGCAUCUCAAACUCAUCAGCGCACCAAUCACGCACACCAACCGUCAUCGCAUGAGCACAAUCCAUCACAGGAUGCUUUAAGGUCUCGACUUGAUGUAGGACCUGGUUUAGGAAUGAAGAAAUCAUCAAGCUUAGAAUCAUUACAAACUAUGGUUCAAGAGUUGGCCUUAGAGGAGGAGGGGCAGCGUAUGGGAGGCUCAGGACGUGUGCCAAGGGGCAGGGGUUGCAAUGAGAGUUUCCGUGCUGCUGUCGAUCGUUCAUAUGACGUCCCUCUCUCUGGUCUUCAUAACAAAAUGGAAACACCUGAUGGCAUCUCUCCUGAAGAUUACUUUGCUCAUUUAGUUGCAGAAGAAGAAUCUGAAUCUAGUGGGUCAGGUUUUGGAAGAGGAAACAGCCGGCAGUCCUCCGUAAAUUCAGCCGUCGACGACAAAUUAAUGAAAAAAGUUGGCAAGAAGAAGCCUGGAUUAUUCAAAGGUCUAGGUUCAAUGUUUAGGUUUGGAAAGCACAGAAAAAGUAUUGACAAUACGACAGGCUUGCCUUUAAAAAAUGAUGAUGUGAAGGGAGAGGUUGAUAAAGCAGAGAUGGAAAGGAUGGCAGCAGCAAGACGGCAGCAACAGGAAGACCAUGAUAGAAUGCAGGAGCAGUACAGAAGAAUGAUUGAGACAACAGCACGCACUUCCCAGCAGCAGCAACAACAACAGUCUCAAAUUCGUGGAGAAGAAUUGGAGCCAACUCGUUCAGAGAGAAUGCAUCAGCUAAGAGCAGAGCAUCAGAGAAGACAUGCCCAGCGCAACAGAACAUAUCCAACAGAUGAUAUAGAAGAGCAAUAUGAAAGUGCAAUUAGACAGGUGCUUGGGGAGAAGAGAGACUCGGAAGCUGACAAGGCUAACAAUAACACGCUUAACGCCAAUGAAACCCAGUCACAAGUAAUGUCCAAGAGCUAUGUGCAUAGGCGCUCCAAAUCCCCUAAUCAUACCUCUUCCUCCUCUUCCACAAAUGCUCUUUCUGAUAAGCCCCGAGGUUCUGGGAAUCCAAAUAGGCAUUCUUUCCAUGGGAUUAUUAGCAAGUCCAGUCAGGCAGCAGGCACUGCAAAUCGCCACUCUCUUUAUGACUCUUGUAUAAAACCAGCAACAGACUCUCCAACCCCUCCUCAUACUCCUCCUCCUUCCCCAACCAAACCUCAUACUCAUGACCCAUUACGAUAUGCAAAUCUUCCAGAUAAAUAUUGUUGCAAUAAUGACAUUUAUUCCAAACCCAUAAAAGUAACUAAAAAUCCUUAUAAGGGGCCCUGUCGACCUCGGUCAUCCUCUGUGCCACUAGAUGACAAUGGCCAAGUCAAUAAUACUCUAAAUUGUAUUAUUCAGAAUAAUGUUUCAUAUAAACCACCCCUUCCACCCAGGAACAAACCAGUAAAUAAUAAUUAUAGACCACCUUUACCUCCAUUAAAUCCCAAGCCAAACCAUUCUUCUAGUCGUUCAAAAUCGGUUGAUAAUUUUUCAGACCAAAGAGCUAACCAAGCAUCUACUAGUCAGCAGUCCUUCAGUCAUAUGAAUCAGAUAUCCCCUAAUUAUGCUUUCUCAUUUUCAAAACCUGUCUCUUUAUCAACUUGUACAUUAACAUACAAUAGUAGCAUCAACAAUACUAAUGCAAGUGUUGAAGAUGUUUUGACAAAGAACAUCAUAAAUCAGGCAUUAAAUCAGCAUAAUGUACCACUUGACACACAUGGUUCUGGAAACUUGGUCAGUGGCGGUGAUGGUAAUGUCGAGGGGAAUGGUGGUGGUUUUAGUAAUAGAAUGGUGAUGGCUCAAUCCAUGGUGUGGGGCGGGACUUUUGUUUCAAAUAGCAGCAGUAGCUGCCUCAACAACACAGCUGCUCCACUUAGCAGCAGUAGCAGUAGCAGCAGUAACAGCAGUAGUAGCAGCAACAAUGGUACACCACGUACCAAUUCUCUCCCAAGGAUGGGUGUGAAAGGAAAAGCAGCAGCUAUGUCUGCUCGUGGAUCUCCAUGUCCCCCACCUCCACCCCCUCCCAAAGCUGCUCCCAAUCCUCUUGCUGCCCUUCAAUCUACUGCCAUACUAGACAAUAGCCUAUUUUGGCGCUUGGAUCCAGUUCCUAGUGAGCCGAAACCAGAAAUACGGCAUAUUAGGUCGCAUAGCUAUGACCUGUAUGGUGACUCUGUGGGUAGACCAGGUAGUCGAACAGGCUAUGCUGAUCCUCAUAAGUUUUCACAUUACGUAAAUUAUGAACAAAUACAACAACAUCUGCGCAAGAACAAGGAGCAAGAAAGGCUAAAGAAAUUAGCUAAUCAGCAAUACAAGGACUUUAAGGAUAAGCAGACUAGCAGGAGGCUGCAGGAGGGUAACCAUGGUAACCUGUUGCACAAACUGGAGGAGACGUUUAUUCACGAAUCUGUUCUUGCAAGUCGUGAAGCCCGUGAGUACCAAAGUCAGCGGGGACCUCGGGAGUCAGUGCGCGAACACCAGCAUAGGCCUGUGAGUAAUUACUAUGAGUAUGAGAGUGUACAGGCCAUAAUAUCCCAUGCUCAGGAUAACAGUAGUACAUCUCUCCCAAGAAGACAUCAUCCCCCACCACCAGGGCCACCACCACCAGCUGCAGCUGUGGCUGCUGCAAAAAAUAAUGUGAAUAACAACAUUCCAAGCAACCCAGUAUAUACAAAUGCUUCACAGUCACAUCCAGCCAACAUGUACAAGCAAACAUCAGGAUCAUCCAUGCAUGGCAACCAGACUGUUCGAGGCGGCCAGUCACUGAAUCCUUCCCAGUCAAAUAUACAUGUUAGUCAGCGUGGAGGUUCUGGUGAGAAUACUCGUGAUCAUCUUCGUGACCUUCCACACAUGGAUGGGAUCUAUGGAUCCAGUUAUCGACCUGCAAGCCACUUCACAGGUCCUCAUCAUAAAAUGGCUCCUCCUCCACCGCAUCAUCACACUACCACUCUCACUGUGCCUGGUUCUAAAGUAUGAAAGAAAUUUUAAUAUUCUAAAGGUGCCGAGGUGUGUCUUAUGUGAAAUAAAUUUUACAUGUUAAUUUAUUGAUAAUCAAAGUUUUAAAUGGUAAAUUUCUUAUAUGAGAGAUUAGUAAAAGGAUAUUACCAAGUCCUUUUAUGUAUGACUGUUUUUAAAGUGUGUAGCCAUAUAUAUUAUAUGGUGCAACAUUCCAUGUGAAUUGCGAGAUUUAAUUCUUGUUAAUAUUUUUGUAAAAAUAGAUGUACAGAUAGUAAGGGACCAAAUAUUUUUAUUCCAUAGUACAGUACCUGGACGUUUGAUUAGGCAAGUAAGGUUAUUGGCUUGUAAUCACUUCUUAAUUUGGCUGUUAUACAGAUAUAUAUAUUAUAUAUUUGACUUUCUCUGCUAUGAGAUGAUCAAGUAAUUGCUGAUUCACAUUCCUGUGAAGUGCUCCAGGUUUGGUGCCUUUCAUGAAGAUAAUGUGCCAUCCAAUGUUUUGCCUUUGAACAUAAAACACAGAUUAUUUAAAAUGUGAUGCUAACCUAAUGUGUAUAAGGCUUUAGUAUUGUAUGUAAACAAGUUAGUGUUUAUACAGUGUGUAUAUUGUGAGAAUUUCUUUAGGUUAGCAAAAUUUAAACAAAAUGUGUCCUUGAAUUUGAUAGACUAAGCUUUUCUUGUCUUUUAUUUGACGUGAUUCUUCUAGAUUCUUUUAUACUCUUUAAUCCCAAUUUUUAAGCUGUGCCAAAGCAAUUUGGGUUACAUUCCCAUUUAUGGCUCUCAGGAGUCUGUUAACUGACAUUGGUUGUAAAUGACUGCUGUAUGUGUGGUCACCUGUAUCAGUUCUGUACAUUUUGUAAAGUAUGUGUAAAAAGUUUUAGUACUUAAGUAUACGAGAGUUUUUAUACUAUGUAAAGGAAAAUAAUUUAGGCUGCUGUACUGUUAUGAUAUCUGCUCAAGGUGCAGCAAUUUUUUUUAUGUAAAUUGAGAAAUCCAAUACUCCAAAAAAGAAAAUAAAAGUUUUAGAAUA